CUUAAUUCAAUAAUAAGUAAUUAAUGCAAGAAAGAAAACAAUAAGUGCAUAUAUUUUAUUGAAAGGAAAUCAAUUUAUCACAAAUUUAUCAUUAAUUUAAUUCGAUUACUUUUCCAUCUGCAUGGGUAUGUGCAGUAUGUGCCACCCGUCAUGUAAACAAGGAUGACAGGCAUAUAGUAUUUAAUCAUUUUAUCAAAUGCCUAUACAUUAACUCUGUAAACAACAUCAAAUAUCGAAAGUAAAAUUGGUACUUUCUAAUUAAGUGAUUAUUGUAAUCCGAGCAAAAUCACAGAUCCAUCGAAUAAAUAUGAUUAUCAAAAGGUAUCUUUUUUCAAGUUUUCUAGAGAAAUCGCGAUUAAAAAUGAUUUUCAGAAUAAGAUUUUGUUCGAAUUUAUCAGUCAACGAGGAACUGAAAGAAAUUAUCGGCUUCAAAGACACCGAUAUUAGCAACUGGAUUGUUGAGGCUAAAGUAAAAUCACUUUGCUACAAAUAUAGUCUGCUUCCAAAAAUGAAAAGAGAGAAUUUGCUCAGCACUUUGGCUAGUGAAUAUGCUGUGGAUCACACAGUAAUUUGUCAUAUGUCACAAAAAUUAGCUUGUACUGAGCUUAAUAAUCAGAGUCAACUUAUCACAAGAGAAAGAUCACUAAGAAAUUUAUUAACACCUCCAUAUCAUUGGUUGUUUACUCGAAUGGGAAGAUUGGAAAAUGGAAUUAAGUUCCUGGUCGAUCUCAGGACGGAUUUAUUGCAAUUAAUAUCUGAGACAACGGAAUCGAAUAAAAUUACAAUCUUGCAAGAAUUGAAUACAAUACUUAGAGAUUUACUCUUGGUCUGGUUUUCAGUAGGAUUUUUACAUUUAGAGCGAAUUACUUGGCAAAGCUCAUGUGAUAUUUUACAAAAGAUUUCUGAUUACGAAGCAAUUCAUCCGAUGAGAAAUUGGACGGAUCUGAAAAGAAGGGUUGGCCCAUAUCGAAGAUGUUUUGUUUUCACACAUCCCUCAAUGCCUAGAGAACCAUUAGUUGUUUUACAUACUGCUUUAUGUGAUACCAUUCCGGAUAGUGUGAAAGGAAUUGAAAUCGCAGAAAAGAGGAUACUAGGGAAAACAGAAGUUCCACUUUCAUUUCUUCAAGAAGAUAAGGCUAAAAUAAAAGCAGCGAUAUUUUACUCGAUAGCCUCUACUCAAAAAGGUCUUCAGGGUAUAGAACUCGGUAACUAUUUGAUCAAAGAAGUCGCCAAACAAGUAACCAACGAAUUUCCGAUGAUUGAUCAAUUAUCUACUCUGUCGCCAAUACCGAAUUUUCGAAUGUGGGUUAUCGAAAAAAUAAAACAAGAUCCUGCUAAAAUAUUUACAGCUUGUGAACAAGAAAGGCUAAGAGAAAUCCUCAAAUCUAGAGACUUAUUUUUAGAUUUGAAAAGACUUUUCAACAACUCAUUAUGGACAAAUGAUGAGAAUUUAGUGGCAGCUUUUAAAGAACCAUUGAUGAGAGCUUGCGCUUGGUAUUUGUACAGAGAGAAAAGACGAAAUUACGCUUUAAAUAACGUCGCAAAUUUUCAUCUUCGCAACGGUGCGGUAAUGUGGAGAAUAAACUGGAUGGCUGAUCCCUCGCCUCGACGAACGGAAAAUAGUUUUGGAAUAAUGGUGAAUUAUAGGUAUUUUCUCGAGGAAACGGAAUCAAACAGUCGCAAUUAUAUAGAAAACAAAUUCAUAAAAGCAUCUGACAGUGUGAUUAGUCUAGCACAGAAUGCAGAGAAGCUGAUUCUAAUCUAAUUGAAAAAGGGCAUUUAAAACGGUUCUUUUGCGGAAAAAAGAAAUCAAAAUAAAAAAGGAGGCAAAGGAACUUCGAAGACUCGGAUGUCGCCUACGAUAUGGAAAAGUAGAUUGGCGUUCUUAGCAAGGACUUUUUAUUGAUUACUUAUUGAAUUUCUUGUUUUUAUUAAAGAUUAUUAAAUUUGUUCAUUUAUA